AUGCAGCACCCCAGCCCCCGUACCCAGUCCUACCACUCGGUGGUGGAGGUCACCAUCAUGAGCGGCAGGGAUUUCCCCAAGAUGGAUCUCAAUGGAUCCGCCGAUCCUUUCUGCACGGUCAGCCUGGGCGAGAGGAAGCUCCACACGACCAACGUCAUUCGCAAGAACCGCAGUCCCGUCUGGAUGGAGACCUGCCGCGUGCUGGUGCCUGAGCUGGAGAAGAACUAUGCGCUCCUCUUCGACGUCUGGGACUGGGACAAGGCGUCGUCGAACGACUACAUCGGCCAAGCCAAGCUCGAGUUGUCUGACAUUCACGCGACCAAGCAGUUCGAGGGCUGGUUCCCCGUCACCAUGCUCAAGAAGAACAAGACCAAGUCCCGCGGCGAGAUCCAGAUCAAGUACAGAGUGUACACCGCCGAAGGCACGCCGCGCUCCUCCCCAAUUCACAAAUGA